AUGAACCUGAACAAGGCCGCUCGAGUCAUCCUCUUUGGUGCGCCUGGCGUCGGUAAAGGAACCCAGAGCGAGCGUUUACUCUCUCGCUUCCCGCAACUCAAUCAGAUCAGUACCGGUGACCUUCUCCGACGAAAUGUCAAGAACAGAACACCCCUCGGCAUCAAAGUCGAGAACACCAUGAAGUCUGGUGGUCUUGUGGCCGACGAUCUCAUCCUGCGACUUAUCUCCAACGAAUUCUUCACUCGCGGGUGGCUUGCUAGGAAUGGCUCUCCCCACGUCAUGACCCUCUCCUCCGAAGCGACCGCGCUCGAGCCAUCAUCAUUCAACAGCGCCGCUAACGACCCUUUCAUCAAUGCGGCUCCUUUCAUGGACGGACACAGACCUUCCGAAGCCUCCAACGACCCCUCUGCUUCUUUCAUCCUCGAUGGCUUCCCUCGAACAGCCUCUCAGGUCGGCCCUCUCGACAAGCUUAUUCCCAUCAACCUAGUCGUCUCCCUCAAGACCCCCGUGUCCGUGAUUUUGGAGCGAAUCCUUGGACGCUGGGUUCAUGAACCUUCCGGUCGAGUCUACAACACGAGCUUCAAUGCGCCCAAGGUUCACGGAAUCGACGAUAUCACCGGCGAGCCUUUAAUCCAGCGUCCCGAUGAUUCCGAGGACGUCUACCGCGCCCGAUACAAGAAGUUCCAGGAGACCAGCGAGCCAGUUCUAAACCAUUAUGCCAAGAAAGGCGUGCUUGUUGAGAUUGAAGGCAUGAGCAGUGAUGAAAUCAGCCCAAAGCUGUAUGCCGAGUUUGAGAAGCGCUUCGUUCAUUGA